GUAGCCUGGCUAUCGGUGUUGGCUCUCGCCUUUGCCUUGGUUUGUGACCCUGGAGAGAAUCGAUCGUUGGCCGAAAUCACCCUGCGCCGCUUGGCCCCCCGCUUGCUCACCUCCCUGCGCCUCCUCGGCCCCGGCGCCGACGUCCUGCUCCGACCCGAGACCGCCGACGUCCUCCUCGAUCAUCUCCUACCCCACGGACAGAUGCUUUUCCUCAACGAACGUUUUCUCCAGGCGAUGGACCGGGAGAUGGGCAUCAAAGCAUCUCGCUGA